AUGAAUUCGCCAAAUCGAACUGCAUCUGAUUUAAUGAAUACUGAAAUGAAUCGUGAACUGCAGUACAGUACUGUAGAAAUGGCAGCGAUUGUUGCCCGCAAUGUCCCACUAAUGAAUGAGGAACAAAGAACCAUUUAUGAUCGCAUUAUGCUCGCAGUUUCAGCUGGACAAGGUGGGUUCUUCUUUUUGAAUGCACCGGGUGGAACUGGCAAAACAUUCGUUAUUUCGCUAAUUCUUGCUGAAAUACGAUCAAAUAAUGGGAUCGCAUUGGCCGUUGCAUCAUCGGGCAUUGCAGCAACUUUAUUGGAUGGAGGUAAAACAGCUCAUUCAGUAUUUAAGCUGCCACUAAAUAUUCAGAAUAACCCUGACGCGGUAUGCAACAUUAAGAAACAAUCGUCCAUGGCCACUGUGCUGAAACGGUGUAAAAUUAUUAUUUGGGAUGAAUGUACUAUGGCACACAAACAUUCACUUGAGGCGUUGAACAGGACAUUGAAAGAUAUUAAAAACAGUGACAAACUAUUUGGUGGAACUCUGUUGGUCCUUUCAGGUGAUUUCAGACAAACACUUCCAGUCAUUCCACGUUCGACAUACGCUGAUGAGAUCAACGCUUGCUUAAAAUCAUCUCCAUUGUGGCGUAAUGUUGAAAAAUUACAGCUAAAAAUAAAUAUGCGCGUUCAAAUGCUUCAAGAUCCAUCCGCUGAAACAUUUUCAAAACAACUCUUAGAUAUCGGUGAUGGAAAAGUUGCUAUAGAUGAAACUGGAAAAGUAAAAUUACUGUUCGCCGGAAUAAAAAGACGGCAACUCGAGCUGACGUACCUAAUGUGGAAAUUUUAUUAUUGA